CAAUGUUUAAGAACAGCUUGAAAAUGCUUCUGACGGGGGGGAAAUCCAACAGGAAGAGCCGAAACAGCAGCGAUGGCGGGAACGAGGAUACCGUAGACCUGCAGAGCACCAGCUUGGAAACCCUUCACAACUUCACUGGACAAGGUGGCAGUAUAGACAGUGACUGUGCCUUUGAGGGGGACUAUGCUGUGCCUCCGCUUUCCAUGGCUGAGGGGCUGCAGCACAUCCGUAUCAUGGAGGGAUUGUCCCGAUCUCUGCCGUCAUCACCGCUGCUCAUCCACCAGACCUCCAGAGCUCUGCCGUCCGCGAGGAAGGUGUUCGGUGUGGCCACAGGGGGGUUAGGUCCAGAACUCGGCCCCCCUCCCUCAGUGGACGAGGCAGCAGACACGUUGAUGACUCGUCUUGGCUUCCUACUCGGAGAAAAAGUGAGCGAGGGGUCUCAAGGGCCGCAGUACAGCAUGGAGGAGCCCGAUGACGCACAGGGUUUAGGAGCCAGCGGGAGGAUGAGUCCGUGUUCCACCCUGACCAGCAGCACCGCCUCUCCUCCGGCCUGCAGUCCCUGCUCCACUCUCCCUUCAGCUCCGGGACAGCCCGUCACCAGCCCCUCAUCCACCCUGGAGAGCAGAGACAGCGGCAUUAUCGCCACCCUGACCAGUUACUCAGAGCCGGUGGACAGGAGCGGGAAACACGGCGAUGGCUCUCGAGGCAGCAGCCUGAAGCUCUGGCACUCACACAGAUCCACACUGGACUCCAGCCUGUACCGAGUGGACGAGAACAUGGCCGCCUCCACCUACAGCCUCAACAAGAUCCCUGAGCCAGGCUCCGCCCACUAUUCCUCUCACCCCACCCCACUCUACCUCAUGCCCCGCCCUAACUCAGUGGCAGCCACCAGUUCGGCCCACCUGGAGGACUUGGCCUAUUUGGAUGAGCAGAGACACGCGCCCCUGCGCACCUCCCUGCGGAUGCCCCGCCAGAACUCGUCCUCGGGACGCUCCGGGCAGGACCUGCGAGCUUCCGCUAACAGCCAUGCCUGGCAGUCACAGUCACAGUCACAGUCACUGCGAUUCGCUCCGUACAGACUGCAGGACAUCGCUCUGAAGCCGCUGCUCUUCGAGGUGCCCAGCAUCACCAUGGACUCAGUGUUCACUGGCCGUGAUUGGCUCUUCCAGGAGAUCGACGCCUACCUCGGCUCCGCCCACUCCGGCACCAAUCGCGGCGUGGUUCUGGUCGGCAACAUCGGCUACGGCAAGACCGCCAUCAUCUCACGCCUCGUGGCGCUCAGCUGCCAUGGCAACCGCAUGCGACAGAUCGCCUCUGACAGCCCGCAGGCCUCGCCGAAACAUGGAGAAGGCAUCCCUCUCACACAACCGCAGCCUUCCCAUGGUACACUGGGAGGAGGAAGUUGCCCUGGAACUCCAGAAAUGAGGAGGAGACAGGAGGAGGCCAUGAGGAGGCUUGCGUCACAGGUGGUGGCGUAUCACUACUGUCAGGCUGAUAACGCUUACACCUGCCUGGUGCCGGAGUUUGUGCACAACGUGGCGGCACUGCUGUGUCGUUCGCCACAGCUCGCCGCGUACAGAGAGCUGCUGUUGAAAGAGCCACACAUACAGAGCAUGCUCAGUCUGCGCUCCUGCGUCCAGGACCCCCCCACUGCCUUCAGACGAGGGGUGCUCGAACCUCUGGAGGCACUUUAUAAAGGCAUGAAGAUCACUCCAGACGAAGACCUCAUCAUUCUUAUUGAUGGUCUGAAUGAGGCUGAGUUCCACAAACCAGACUAUGGAGACACGAUUGUGUCUUUCCUCUGUAAGACCAUCAACAAGUUUCCAGUCUGGCUCAAACUGGUGGUGACUGUCAGGACCUCGCUGCAGGAAAUCACCAAACCUCUCCCUUUCCACCAAAUCUCUCUGGACGCCCUGGAGGAGAACGACGCCAUCGACCACGAUCUCCAGGGCUACAUCCUCCACCGCAUCCACAGCAGUGCAGAGAUCCAGAACAACAUCUCCCUCAACGGCAAGAUGGACAACACCAGCUUCGGCAAGCUCAGUUCCCACCUCAAGGCCCUCAGCCAGGGCUCUCUUCUCUACCUGAAGCUCACCUUUGACCUGAUCGAACGCGGCUACCUGGUGCUCAAAAGCUCCAACUACAAGGUGGUCCCGGUCAGUCUAGCCGAAGUGUACCUUCUGCAGUGUAACAUGCGCUUCCCAACGCAGUCGUCCUUCGAAAGGGCCCUGCCGUUGCUGAACGUGACCCUGGCUUCCCUGCACCCGCUGACCGAUGAGCAGAUCUACCAGGCCAUCAACGCCAGCUCUGUGAAGGGCACGCUGGACUGGGAAGACUUCCAGCAGAGGCUGGAGAACCUGUCGGUGUUCCUGGUGAAGAGGCGGGAUGGGACGCGCAUGUUCGUACACCCUUCCUUUAGAGAAUGGCUCAUAUGGCGGGAGGAGGGAGAGAAGACCAAGUUCCUCUGCGAUCCCAGGAAUGGCCAUACUCUUCUGGCUUUCUGGUUCUCCAGACAAGAAAACAAACUAAAUAGACAGCAGACAAUUGAACUGGGUCACCAUAUAUUGAAAGCACACAUAUUCAAGGGCCUGAGUAAGAAGGUCGGGGUUUCUUCAUCCAUCUUGCAAGGACUGUGGGUGUCAUACAGUACAGAGAGUUUAUCUACAGCGCUUUCAUCACUCAGAAACCUUUACACACCUAACAUAAAGGUGUCACGGCUGCUGAUGUUGGGCGGCGCUAAUGUGAACUAUCGUACGGAGGUGUUGAACAACGCUCCGGUGCUGUGUGUGCACGCUCACCAGGGUUACGCCGACAUGGUGAACCUGCUGCUGGAAUAUGGUGCCAGUGUGGACUCGGCCUCUGAGAGCGGCCUCACUCCUCUGGGAUACGCGGCCGCCGCUGGACACCUGGGGAUAGUUACCGCCCUCUGCAAGAGGAAAGCAAAGCUCGACCACUCGGACAAGCACGGUCAGUGUGCUCUAGUGCACGCCGCUCUUAGGGGACACCUGGAGGUGGUGAAGUUCCUCAUUCAGAGCGACUGGGGCCAUACACACCUCCAGACCCCGUCCCCUACACAGUCACAGGACACGCCCUCCCCAACACAGGCCACGCCCUCCCCCACACCACCAGAAGCCACGCCCUCUCCUACUCAGGCCACGCCUCUGGAAUCACAGCCGUCCAGCCCUGAGCAACAGGAGGAUUCAGUGCAGACGCCACAGGAGUCCGAGCAGAAGGCAGAGGAGCAGGACCAGACUCCAGAAGAGUCGGGACAAGAGACACAAGCAGACGCUCAGGCUGAGCAACAGACAUCGCCACAGCCUGUGUCCUUCAACAAGAGCCUCGCAGUACAGCAGGCCCUUAUAGCAGCAGCGAGCAUGGGUUACACUGAGAUUGUAUCUUAUCUCUUGGACUUGCCCGAGAGGGAUGAGGAGGACACUCAACGUGCCCAGAUUAACACCUUUGAUACCCUGUGGGGUGAGACAGCACUGUCAGCAGCAGCAGGGCGAGGAAAGCUGGAUGUCUGUCGGCUGCUGUUGGAGCAGGGCUCUGCUGUGGCACAGCCCAAUCGGAGAGGGGUGGUGCCACUCUUCAGCUCUGUGCGUCAAGGGCACUGGCAGAUUGUGGAUCUGUUGGUGUUGCACGGAGCAGACGUAAACCUGGCUGAUAAACAAGGCCGUACUCCGCUCAUGAUGGCCGCCUCAGAAGGGCACCUGGACACAGCGGAGUUCCUAAUGGCUCAGGGUGCGUCUAUGGAUCUUAUGGAUAAGGAGGGUCUCACUGCGCUCAGCUGGGCAUGUUUGAAAGGACACCUGUCUGUGGUUCGUUGCUUGGUGGAAAGGGGUGCCGCGACGGACCAUGCUGAUAAAAACGGACGGACGCCUCUCGAUCUGGCCGCCUUCUAUGGAGACUCAGAUGUGGUGCAGUUCCUGGUGGAUCACGGGGCUUUGAUAGAGCAUGUGGAUUACAGUGGAAUGCGUCCUCUGGACAGGGCAGUCGGCUGCAGAAACACGUCGGUGGUGGUCGCCCUGCUGAAAAAAGGAGCCAAAAUCGGAUGUCAGACACUGCCGAGUCGCCGCAAAGGAGGUCCUGCUACCUGGGCAAUGGCGACGUCUAAACCUGACAUCAUGAUUAUCCUACUGAGUAAACUUUUAGAGGAAGGAGAUGGCUUCUACAAGAAGGGUAAAGUGAAGGAGGCAGCUCAGCGCUACCAGUGUGCUCUGAAGAAAUUUCCCCGUGAAGGAUUAAGUGAGGACCUGAAGACCUUUAAAGAGCUCAAAGUGUCUUUGUUCCUGAACUUGUCUCGCUGUCGGAGGAAAAUGAAUGACUUUGGUAUGGCGGAAGAGUUUGCUACCAAGGCUCUGGAACUGAAACCUAAGUCUUAUGAGGCAUACUAUGCUAGAGCCCGUGCCAAGCGUAGCAGCAGGCAAUUCGCUGAAGCACUAGAAGACCUAAGGGAAGCCAUAAAGUUGUGUCCCAACAAUCGUGAAAUCCAGCGCCUCCUUCAGCGCGUGGACGAAGAGUACAGGCAAGUUACCCAAUCAGAGGAGCCAGAGCUUGAGCCUCCUCCAUCUCCACCACCAUCUCCCUUACCAGUGGAGGAAGAUGAGGAGCCCCCUCAUCACACCCCUCCUCCUGAGCCAAGACUGGAUGACAUGGAACCUGUUCAAGACUUGUUUGAGGAUGACGACUUCUUUGAACAAGAGCUAGAAGCUGUGUCAAUUGGUCUUGCCUCUGAUAUUCACUCGAAUGCUUCAAGCCUUGCCAUUAUACGUAGUCCACCCCUUUCUCCGACCCAUCAUGACACUGGCUACCUAUCUGGAGGGCAGGCCUUUGAGUUUCACCCGAGCUCCUCCUCCAUGUCAUCUCCAACCCAUCAUAGUUACCAGUCCACCUCCCCGUGUAUCUCCCCAACACAUCAGAAUUCUCACUACCGCCAGAGUCCACCCCAUACUUCGCCCGCACAUCAGUCCUCCUACCGGUUCAGCCCUCCACCCAUGGGCGGUGGAGGGAACCAGAGCAUGGAGUACCAGAGUCCUCCACCAUCUCCUCUUCGGCGUGGGGGUCCAUUCAGAGCAAGCCCUCCAGUCGAGAGUGUGUGUCUGUAUCGUUCCCAGUCUGGCUCUCCAGUCCGCUACCAACAGGAGCCUUUACCUAGCCGCCCUAAAUCGCCACUGUUGAAGAUGAGCAGCCAGCGAUCCUUCCAGCUCCAGUCGCAGCCUUCCCAGAGCUCUCAGACCAGCCAGCACCACCAGAUCCAAGGUCUUCGCCUGCAGCCCUCGAUGGCACAGAUCGUCCGCACUAACCAGCCCAGUAACAGUGUGUACAGCCAGUUGGCGCAUCCACUCAGCAGCAGGUAUCAGGGAUGUUCCAUGGAUGUGGACAGGGAGAGAGACCGGGAGCCAAGACUUGUGUACCAGCCCUCGUUGGAUGGUCGGUCAAUGUCUCAAGUGCAAUCCAGCCUUAGUGUGGGAGCUCUCUGUCAGCACGGGAGCCGAGGUGGGCCUGCCGGGGUUCUGGAGUCAAACCUGGGGAAAGAGGAUCUCCCUCAACGUCCUGCUUCAGCCUACCGUUCAACUACAGGAGGACCUGGAGGCAUGCGUUUCAGUCAAACCCCCCAGAUUAGCCGCAGUCAGUCAGCGGCAUACUAUCCUGUCUCCAAGCAUGAACUUGAGAGAGCAGUGGCCGCCUCUGCUCUGUCACCUUGCCAACUGGGCUCUCCGGAGAUCCCCCACCUAGUGCGCAGACCCAUCAGUGCCAAUACAAGUGACCUAAAGCAGCACGUACCGACCCCCAGACCACUGAUCCACUCCCAGAGCGUAAAUCUUCGCUUCUCCCCAUCCAGCAGUAAUAUCUCCUCAGGCUCCAGCUGCAAUCUAGCCCCUGGCUUCAGGCCUUCCUCCUCCAUGGCCCAAAUGGAAAUCCCGUUGCAGACCACAUAUGAGCGAAGCUUCGACGAACCAUCCGCCCUCUCACCCUCUCAGAGCGGACUCUACUCGGGUGAACCCGCCCGAUCCCGGGCCACUCCGUUUAUGGGCGUCAUCGACAAGACUGCAAGGACUCAGCAGCAGUACCUUCUCCAGCCUUCCCGGGCCUGGCCCGUUUCAUCCCUGGAAUCGGUCAUCACUAGCCCCACGUCGCCUGGCAACUUGAUCCACCAAGCCUCCACCGCCUCUUCCUACAGCCCACCUACAUCUCUAGGCAAUAUUGCCUACUACAAUAAGACCAAUAAUGCCCAGAAUGGACACUUGCUAGAGGAGGAGUACUACAUCCAGCCGCAGCCCUCCUCCCUAGGCAAGCUUGCUAAUGGAGGGGCCCGUGAUCGAGACCUCCUAGAGCGGGUGAGCCAGGUGCCAACUUACCAGGAUGUUAAAGUGGCCCGGACAAUGCCUGUGGCACAGGCGUACCAGGAGAACAUGUACCGCCAGCUUUCCCGUGAUGCCAGACAAGGUCCCACCUCGCCCAUCAAACCAAAGAGACCCUAUGUGGAGUCAAACGUUUAAUAGGCACCCAAAAGGGUGGGCACAAAGGUGUGUGUGACAGUGAAUGUUUGUGUCAGGUUGUACGUAUGGGACUGUGUAGGUGCAGGAUAUUAAAACCAGUAUUUCAAUUAAAGGGAAACUGAAUAUUAGACAUACUUUUAAUAAACUAAAAAAAAAACAGUGUUACAAAGGUGUGUACAAAUACCUGUGCCUACUUCUGUUGGGAAAAAAAAACUUUUAGAAUUUAUGUGGUGAACAGGCUCCAAAUAUCCUGACAGCACCCUUUUGGAGUAUUAAAAUACAGUAUGUAAAGGUAAAAAAAUGUUCUAUAAAGCUCUGCACAUUAUAAGAAAGCACAUUUAAUGACGUUCCACAACAGAGGCCUACAUGCAGAGAAAUAGUGUCUUGCCAUCGUUCCUAGCACUAAAGCGGAUAUAAAACUGGGAAUCUGUGUUGAACUCAUUCUCUCUCUCACUUACUCUCUCUCUCUCUCUCUCUCUCUCUUCCCAAUGAAACUAAACAAAUUUGCUAGGCAUUCUGGACAUCAUAUUGUUGGAUUGUUCAAUACUGUAAAAAGGAAAAAAAAUGUUUCAGAAAAACUAAGCUGUAGUUACAGAAGGAAAAGAGGAAUAUUUAUAAUUAAGUUAUAUGAUGUAUAGAAAUAUUAAAGCAGUUUUUGUGUCAAGUUUAUUUUUUCAUUUUUGGUUGGGUUUUAUGUCUUUAAUUUUGUAACUAUUGAUUUGAGCUUUUGGAAAUGGUAUCAGAUAUUUUUAAAAUAAUGAUUCAGAGUUUAUGACUGGAGGUUAUUAUCUUUACAGUUAUUACCUUAAAAUUCUGGUUCCCAAGCAGAAAUAUUGUUUAUCAAAAUUCACAGUUGUACUGUGGCAAUAAUAUUAGUUUAAUCAAUUUCUUGGGAAUAAGCUUAAUAAGAUUUUCAAGUAACCCUCAUAUAGCUUUUGUCUAUUUAAAUUAAAUGAUUUCAGUAAAUUACCAUGUACUGGAGUGGCAAUCCUGCCGUAUUUCAAGUAGAAGAAUGUAUCACACCAUAGACGUCUUAUGAACUCUACUACAGUAUGUAUACUACGCAACACAAAGUUUCAGGGGCGUUUGCAAGGUAGUAAUACAAUUUCUUCUCUUUGUUUUCAAUUUCUUUAUUGUUCUAAGAAAUGAAAUAUUGCAUUGUCACAGAGAAGCAUCAGUAUAUCAAGUGAAGUAUGUUUGUUUUAACUUUUAAACUUUUAUUCGUAACUUUGGUCUGCACUGACUGUCUGGACAUUUUGAAGAAAGAGAGCACUUUAUUCAUUCGUAAGGAUUGUAUGGAAUCAUGUGAAUAUUGGGGGGCUAAAGAUGUUUUUUUUUUUUUGAUCUGGGAUAGGACAUCCUUACUAACGAACGUUCAGUGAACACUGGAAAAUAACCUGUGAUUAGUUGUACUACUAGAAAACAAAUAGAAGUCAUUGUCCUUGGUGCAAUUCUAAUUUUUCAAGCAAAUGAAUGAACAAUAAUAUAAAAGAGCAAAAUUAUGUUUUUAAAAAGAUAUAAAAUGUGUAUAUAACAGCCUUUAUAGAGCGCAGUGUACUUGCUGUAUAUAGUGGCCAAAUGUGUUCAUGCAUACAAAAUCCUGCUCUCCUCCGCCAAAUGCAGCGCGAGAAGGACUUGAUGAGCCUCACGUGUCAAACACAGUUCAGUGGCAUCACACACUACCGAAAUGCAAACCAGCCGUUUUGAAAUAGUGUAUUUGUCGUGUAUAAAAAAAAAUAUUCAGCUAGUUCCUUUUGAAAUUCUCUGCUUCAGAAUGCAAUAUUAUCAACAUGCAGAGCUUAAAUGUGGCUUUGGUCUUCUCAAAAAUACAGUAUAUGAACAGAUAUCUAGACAGCUUGUCUUAAAGGCAACCAUAUUCACCUUUCUAUUGCUGUCAGUGUAAACCUGCUUGAAUCGAGAGAUGCCUCAUGGUCAACUUUGGGAAAAAAAGUGAAAUAAAUACUGCGGGCUCAUCAAGGGCCUCUUUAGAGUGUUGUGGUUUUUCAGUGCAAGUUUUUUUUUUUGCUGUACAUAACCUGACGCAUGAUUUAUCCUCCAUUCCCCUCCGAAAUCGACAUACACAGACAUUCGAGAAUCUGCCGUAUGUCUCCAAUAGUGGAACUAAACAGAAAAAAUGAUCACAACAAAUCUGACAUUUACCUCUAAAGGUUUUGGCCAUUCUUUUGAUUUUUCAGUUGGAUUUGAGUUGAUUUUAAUGUAUUUGCUUGCUAAGCAGAGUUUCUCGUCUGUAAAUGUGAGCUUUCAGAGCGCUGUGACAACGUUUAAUGACUUCAAUAAACCAGAAUGUGUUUUUAUCA